GCGGGCUCGCGUGCUGAUGGGCUCCACUUUUGCUUUUGCUGGCCAGACCUUUGGCAGAUCAACUCUCGAGACUUUGGGGGCGGUCUUUGCUCGUUGUCUUUUUUGGCGUCGUGGCCUUCCGAGUACCUUGACGUGAUCUUUUCUUUUUGUCUGCUUUUUCUUUUGGUGGUUUUCUCUUGUCAGAGGCGAGGGCUUGAAGGUAUGCGGAACUGCAAUCGCGAACGCAGUGGCACGACUGGCUGCAUUGGUAACGCUUUUCUCUUCGGUCUAAUUCGACUCUGGCUUGCUGUCUUUGUGAGUUUGUCUACUGUAAGGGGAAGGGGUCAAACGGUAACAACUCCCGGAAAGCAUGCGACAUAUUUCGCUUUUUCUGGCACGGAUGACGCGAUGCGCGAGCUCAGUCUUUAUGGCUCUACCUAUUGGGGGCGCAGGUCUGAGGGCGCCGCGUCGCGCUUCGAUUAGGAAAACGAACAGGCCGGCUCGAGUCGUUUCUGGCUGAGCGGUUUUGUUCGUUGGACGAACAAGAGAGAGCAGAGCAAUAGACGGAAGCAAUUACGCCAUGACGGCGUCCGCGAGCUCGUUCCCCCACUCUGUCGGCGGGAACGGGAUUUCGGGGACACAGGAAAGCUUUCUGCAGUGAGUUGGAGUGGGGCUGGGUUUUUUCGUGGUGGGUCUAGGACAUGGGGGGGAGACGGCGUUCUCACGUGGGCGCCCUCAAUAGGUGGAGCCAUUCACGGUCUUUCGCUCUAUUCAUUAUGCAGGCUGGAUCCCUCUGUGCAGGUGUUGGUCUUGACUGAUCAGAAAAACAGCGACGCCGCAGCAGCGGGGGGGAUUGUUUCCCAGACCGCUGAAGCAUGCUGGGGGAGAGAAGCAAUGGCAGAGCAGCUCUCCACCUUUGUAGCAAAUUCGACGGAGGUCCGGUCUUUCUUCUCCGCGCAUGGUUACACAAAACUGGGGGAGCAUCACUCGGGGGUUGGCGGUUAUGCGAAGAUGAUUGCGGCCCGUCUGAUCCCUGACUCAGUCGACCGAACGGUUCUCUUAGAUACUGACACGAUCCUCAAUGCGAAUUUUGAAAAUCUCUGGAGUCAGUUCAGCGACUUCAACCCCACGCAGGUUUUGACGGCGACGCACAUGCCUGGAGAUGGCUUGUGUGUUCGUGACGGGAAUCGCAUUCAGAGCGGCGUCGUCCUCAUGGAUUUGAAACGCAUGCGGGAGCUUGGUUGGGUCGAUUUUGUGAUGCGCCAAAGUCGCGGCUGUCGAGACUGUGUGAAAAUUAUGACUGCAGGAAAGUUACAGGUCGCGCGUUGUCGUGCACCUAUCGCAAGAUCGCCUGCAGGACUGCAGGCGCCGCUUGGUCUUUCAUUCAGUCAAGGACGCCAAGAGCCCAGAGCCAGACAUCGCCCGCCGACCAGGUGCUGGCCCCAUUCUGUUCUUGUGUUUCUGGCCGGGGUGUGUGAACGCGGUGGAGAUCUGUGCGGGGCAGGGGGCGCGCUGCUUUCUGCCGGGUCGUGUUAGUGAGUGCGCUUCGCCUCGUGCAUUAUUGGGUGCGCGGGCGUUGCUCUGUGGGGUGCUAGGGCGUUCGCUUGGCGCCGGAAAGCUGCGGGCAUGGGAGGGUCCACGCUUCUGCGAGUGAUCGGGGAACUCUGGUGGCUGUCGUGGUUCUGAGUUCGGCCCGCGCGCCGUAGCGCGUGCGCGUCGCUGGUCUGCGUGGGUGUGCUUGUGGUCUCGCUUCAGCUUGGUUAGCGUAGGCCAGCCGCUUGGCGUGUCUCCCUUGCUACGUCGGGGCCCGUUCGUUUUGCCAGGAUGGACGGGCGCAGGGGCUGGCGCUCGGUAUCCGGCAGCACUGCGGCCGGCCAUGGCGCUUUGACUUUUUGGGUCGGUGAGGUGUGUGAGCUUCUGGCGGACGGUAGGCUAGUUGCCACUUUUGAUUUUGGGCCUGGCUGCUGUCUUUCAGUCGGAACACGCCAGGCAAGACGACAUCGACAACGCGGGAGCGCUAAGGCGUGCGAUGUGAUGACUUGUGGCGAUCAGGAGUUUACCUCCUUCGGAUGCCAGCAGCGGCGUGGCGCGUGUGGAAAUUUGCGGCCAAUGUCUCAUUAUGAUUUCUGCAUGCAGGAAUACUGGCCGGGUGGACAUGGGCCUGAGCUGUGGCAAAGCAGCCGCAACGCAACGGUUUACCACUUCAACUGCCGCGGCCGGAUGAGUGAGUGUCCGGGACAUGAGUGCCAAAAAAGUUUCGCGCAGUGGCAGCGCCUGGGCAUCUCCUCGAAAAACCGCGGCCGCCGGUUAUUGCGCAAGCUGGCGGCGCAGCUUUAAGCGACGACGAGGCUGAGGCCGCUUCCAUCCAUGGCCGCACUUUCUGGUCUGUUCAGUCAAGGGACAGGCAGGCGGGCAAGGGUAGCGGGAUAAACGAGCGCCACAAGCUCGCCUGAAAUUAUUAGAGACAGGCUCCGAGUCUGAUCACCUCACCCCAGCGGCUUACUUAUCACUCGAGGCCCGCCGCGUGUCUUGCGGGUCAGUUUGCUGGCGUUCCUUGUCGCAGCGUCUUUGACUUGAAAAAAGGAACAGUCUUGGCAUGUUGUGGCGCUUUAUCUAAGCACUGAGAUCAAUUCUACUGGUGCUGCCCUGCUGAGAUGCGUCCUAAUUUCUUGCGAAGCUUCGCAAGUUGUGGUAGAAGUUAGAACUGCGCGGAGCUGUUUCGGCUCAGAUGUGUUGGGUGGAGGCAUCUGGAAGGACCCCGCCGGCCGUGCCUUCUCUUACAUUGGAGAGGCCCUCCACUUCUUUGAGAUCCUUGAAGACUAUGACAGCGAGCAGAUAGCGGCGGCCAGUGCGAUAGUCCCCGCCCCAGCCGAGUUAUACCGGCCAAGGAGCAUCCGAACAC